AAAACAAUGUCCUCAGCUCUGUGAUUUGUGAAUGGCGGCUGGGUUACGCUCUUGAGGAUGGUGGUUUGUUUUUUCCAUUGAAACUCGUACCAUAAAUGAAUGCGGUCCUCAUGCUGAGCCAGGUGACAGCGCUGUCCUUGCGAGCAGAACUUCCUUUCCUGAAACGGGCAACGCUUGACGGAAGCGGAAACAGUCCUUAGAGACGCACGUCAACUUCUGCACUUUUAAAGAUGGCGGCACUGCUCCUCUGUGCGCGGAAAGCCCUGCUCCCAGGCUCCCUGCGGCGGCUCCACACAGUCUAUCAGAUGGCUGAGCUGCCCGAGACCCAUGAGAUGUUGCGGCAAACGUGCAGGGACUUCGCUGACAGAGAGCUGUGUCCCAUCGCUGCCCAGCUGGACAAGGAGCACCGCUACCCAGCCGAGCAGGUGCGGAAGAUGGGGGCCAUGGGGCUGAUGGCGGUGGAGGUGCCGGAGCAGUUUGGGGGCGCAGGGCUGGAUUACCUGGCGUACGCCAUUGGAGUGGAAGAGAUCAGCCGCGGCUGUGCCUCCACUGGGGUGGUCAUGAGCGUCAACAACUCUCUGUACCUUGGUCCGGUGCUGAAGUUCGGUUCUGAGGAGCAGAAACAGCAGUGGAUCACCCCCUUCACCACGGGGGAGAAGGUGGGCUGCUUUGCCCUCAGCGAGCCAGGGAAUGGCAGUGAUGCUGGCGCUGCCUCCACAGUGGCUCGGCUGGAGGGGGAUCACUGGGUGCUGAACGGAACCAAGGCCUGGAUCACAAACAGCUGGGACGCCUCCGCCACCGUCGUCUUCGCAACAACGGACAAGGCGCUGAAACACAAGGGUAUCAGUGCGUUCCUGGUGCCCAUGCCCACCCCCGGCCUCUCUCUGGGUAAGAAGGAGGACAAGCUGGGGAUCCGCGCCUCGUCCACGGCCAACCUGAUCUUCGAGGACUGCCGCGUCCCCCGCGGGAACCUGCUGGGACAGCCUGGCAUGGGCUUCAAGAUCGCCAUGCAGACCCUGGACAGCGGGCGAGUCGGCAUUGCUGCCCAGGCUCUGGGGAUCGCUCAGGCCGCGCUGGACUGCGCCGUCGACUACGCAGAGAAGAGGACGGCCUUCGGGGCUCCCAUCAGCAAGCUGCAGGGCAUCCAGUUCAAGCUGGCAGACAUGGCCCUAGCUCUGGAGGGCGCUCGGCUACUGACCUGGAGAGCUGCCAUGCUGAAGGACAAUGGGAAGCCCUACACCAAGGAAGCUGCGAUGGCGAAGCUGGCUGCCUCUGAAGCUGCCACACUCAUCUCACACCAGGCGAUCCAGGUUCUCGGGGGAAUGGGUUACGUGACGGACAUGCCGGCAGAGAGACACUACCGGGACGCGCGCAUCACGGAAAUCUACGAGGGCACGAGCGAGAUCCAGCGACUGGUCAUCGCGAACCAGGUCCUCAAGGACUACCGCUGCUAGAGCAGGACGGGGAGGAGGUUUGAGUCUCUAACCAGGUCCUCAAGGACUACCGCUUCUAGAGCAGGACUGGGAGGGGGUUUGAGUCUCUAACCAGGUCCUCAAGGACUACCGCUGCUAGAGCAGGAUGGGGAGGGGGUUUGAGUCUCUAACCAGGUCCUCAAGGACUACCACAGCUAGAGCAGGACUGGGAGGAGGUUUGAAUCUCUAACCAGAUCCUCAAGGACUACCACAGCUAGAGCGGCUGCCAGAUUGUGUCUAAUCAAUGUCAUGACAAGUGCAGUAUGGAUGCAAGGUAGUGUCUUUUUAAAACACUGUACAGCUCAAGUUUUAGUAACAAUCUUCUAUUUUUGUGUAAAUAUAUUUUUCUGCAAAGCCAGGUUGAGUUGUUAUGCACAUUACCUCAUAUGUAUACACACACGCACAUUUUUUUUGUAAAAAUGAUUCAAUAAAAUAAUGAUAUUUAAUAA